AUGGCAGUUUCAAAAGAAGAAGACAGUCUGGACCGGUUCGCGAGAGCGCUUCAAGUUCUCAAAAAAGAUGUGGACUUCCUCUACGACCCGAAGGAGCUGCCGAAGCCUCAGGUGUGUACAGACACCUAUCCUUUGCUGACUUACCCUCAAAAACCCACGGAGUCAAAAUCAUCUGCAGCAGCAGCAGCAGCAGCAGCAGCAGCAGCAGCAGCAGCAGCAGCAAGAGAUAAAAGGCUUGGCAGGGGUUUAUACAAGGAGGAAGAAGAGGCCUUUCUCGAGAGGCCUCUCAGAAACAACAGUGGAGCCACCAAAGAAACUCCGAAGCAAACCAGAGCACUAGUUCCUCCAAAGAGGGGCGAACGACCAGCAGCAGCAGCAGCAGCAGCAGCAGCAACAGCAGCGAGGAGCAGCAGCGAAGGCCGGCUUAUGGCGAGCAGCAGCAAAGAGACUGCAGCUCAAGAGCCAGCAGCAGCAGCAGCAGCAGCAGCAGCAGGAGAGCAGCAAAAGGAGCGGCGGGAAUACGUAGGCAAAGUGCUGGACAUGCAGCCUGCGAUAAGCGAAGCAGUAGCAGCAGGAGGCGCUGCUGCUGCUGCUGCUGCUGCUGCAUGCAGCAGCAGCAGCAGCAAAGACAACAGACCCCCCUUUCGCUGCCGCGUGCUCGUGGGCGAUGAAGAGACAGUCUCUUUUUCUUCUUGGAGUGACAGCGAAAGUCUGGAGACCAGCAGCAGCAGAAUGCCUAGCAAAGAGCAGCAGCAGCAGCAGCAGCAGCAGCAGCAGCAGCAGCAGCAGGGGUGGCACUUGGACAGACGGGGAGAGUUGAGCCCCGGAAGCCCGUACACGCUGCCGCCGCAGCAGCAGCAGCAGCAGCAGCUGCAGCCGCAGUUCCCGCAGCAGCAGCAGCAGCAGUACUACUACCCGUAUGCGCAGCAGCAGUACGAGCAGCGCUUCCCGCCGCAGCAGCAGCAGCAGCAGCAGCAGCAGCAGCAGCAGCAGCUGCCUGCGCCGCAGUCUCUGACUGAAAUGCAAAGGAGAAUGGAAGAAGAGUGGUUUUUGAGGGAAAGAAAAAUGCAAAUAAAACACAAAAGAGAAAUUGAAGCUGCUGUUGCAAUGGAAGUCAAAAAGGUGACUGAAGAGUACGGGCGGCGGCUAGUGUUCGAGCUGCAGCAGCAGCAGCAGCAGCUGCAGCAGCAGCAGCAGCAGCAGCAGCAAGAGGCGCAGCAGCAGCUGCAGAGCCUUUCGAACGAAAACUUUGCCCUGAGGCAGCAGCAGCAGCAGCAGCAGCAGCAGCAGCAAAUUGCAGAAAGCAAAAUAAGACAAGGCCAAGAAAACUACCAGCUGCUGCUGAGGGAAAAUGAAGCUGCAGCAUAUCGGACUUCGCAGCUGCUGCAGGAGAACAGUUUGCUGGCAGCAGAAUUGGACAAGGAGACCGCAGCAAAGAAGCAGCUGCUGCAGCAGCAGCAGCAGCUGCAGCAGCAGCUGGAGCUGGCGAGCAACAGCAGCGGGCAGCUGCAGCAGCAGCUGCAGCACCAGCAGCAGCUUGCUGCUGCUUACUGCAGCAGAAGCAAAACCCUAGAAGGCGAAAAAGACCAACUCGAAAGAGAUGUAGCAGCAGCGCAGCAGCAGCUGCAAAUAGAAGCAGCAGAAAACCAAAAAAGCAAAAUGCAGUGCAGCAUUUGCUGCAGCAGCAACCAGCAGCUUGCUGCUGAAAACGAAACCCUCAAAAGAAAUCUGCAGAGACUUCAGAAGCAGCUGCAGCAGCAGCAAACUCAAGAAGACGACAGAAUGGAAAAAGAAAGAAAAAUCGAAGACCUCCAGGAACAGCUGGAUAUACACCAGAAGCAAAGCGCGGAUGUCAUCAACUCCCUACGCGUUCGGGUGCAGCACCUGGAGCGCUUCGAGGUUUUGUAUUCUUCUUUGAAGACAGAAUUCGAAACCCUAAGAGUUCAAAACCAAAUUCUAAAAGACGAAAACGCCACACUGAGAGCAGAAGCCCAGCAGUCAGGCAAAGAAAAGGAGCUUUCUCGCGAAGAAAAGAACUGGUUGGAAAAUCAAAUGCUGCUUUUAAAAACUGAAAACUGCCAACUCAAAAAAGAAAACCAAAAACGCCGCGCGAGCUGCGCAGCUCUCGGCCCCACAACAGCAGCGGAUUUUUCGAGCAACAAAACCAGCCUUGACAACCCGCUGUCUGUACACCUCAGCAGCAGCAGCGCAGCAGACCCCAGCAGCAGCAGCAGCAGCAGCAGCAGCAGCAGCAGCAGCAGCAAUUUGAAAAGCAAUUUGAAUUUAAAUGCACCAAGCAACUUCAACUUCAAUUCAAAUUAUAAUCCACAAAGCAACGCCCCCUUUUGCUGCGGCUUCGACACUCAGCAGCAGCAGCAGCAGCAGCAGCAGCAGCAAAUGCAGCACAUGCGGCAGCGCCGUGUCGCCGUGGGCGCCUGCGGGCGAGCUGCCUGCUGCUUCUGCUGCAGCAGCAGCAGCAGCAGCAGCAGCAGCAGCAGCAGCAGCACCUGCAGCAGCAGCAGCAACAUUUGA